AUGUCCUCCUCGUCCUCCAAAGUCCUCACUCCUGGCCCGAGCGCUACAGCUCCCAGCGCAGCGGUCGUUCCUCAACGAACCCCGCUCGCACCUCUAUCGCUGCUCGAGUCGUUCGCUUGUGGAGGUCUCGCAGGAUGUGCAGCCGUCACGGUUUCCAACGUCCCAGAGGUCAUGAAGACCCGUCUGCAACUCCAGGGCGAGCUUCAGCGGGCAGACAGUAACGCUCCAAAGGUGUACAAGAACGUCCUCGAUGUGUUCCAGAAGACAUGGCGGCAUGAGGGGAUCAAAGGGCUACAAAGGGGUCUCUUACCGGCGUACGGCUACCAGAUCCUCCUCAAUGGGUCUCGGCUGGGCUUCUAUGAGCCAAUCCGCCGUUCUCUGACCGCCACUGUUGGCCGGAAUCCAGACGAGGUGCUGGCGAGCACAGCGAUCGUAGCUGGGGCAAUGACGGGAUGUAUUGGAGCCGCACUGGGAUCUCCACUCUUCAUGGUCAAAGCACGGAUACAGGCUUACUCGCCCGCCCUCCCCGUCGGCGCACAGCACUACUACAAGGGCUCGUUCGAUGCCCUGCGGACUAUCCUGAAGAGCGACGGGAUACUGGGACUGUGGAGGGGUGUCAAUGCUGCCAUCCUGCGGACAGCUAUGGGCUCAUCAGUACAACUACCCUCUUACAACCUCGGCAAGAAGUACUUGAUUUCGUGGGGUUGGAAGGAGAAUGGGUACUCGACAUAUCUCGUCGCUAGUGGAGUAUCAGGUUUCUGCGUUUGUGCGGCCAUGCAACCCGCCGAUACGGUCCUCACUCGGAUGUACAACCAAAAUACCGUCAAAGACCCGAUCACCGGUCGUGUUCGCGGUGCACUGUAUACGAACCCGAUAGAUUGUCUCUGGAAGACUUUCAAGGCGGAGGGGAUUGCGGGGUGGUACAAGGGGACGACAGCGCAUCUGUUGAGAAUAUGGCCGCAUACUGUCAUUACGCUCGUGGCGAAUGAGUUUGUGAUGACCAAGUAUAGGGCAGCAAAGAUGCGCUGGGCCGGAGAUGCGUAG